UGAACACACCGACUGGGGAAGCAGCCUGUCUGAAGGUCAACUCUCUGGGCUGCAGUGAAGGCUCAGAGAGCUAGAUCCUACUGGAUGUUGACAGCAGAGCAGCCAGGGAGAGGAAUGUGUUUCUGAGGGUUGACUGCCUAAACAUUGGAAGAUUAUUACUGGGUUUGGAGGACUGAGUGAUUUGGCGAGCAGACUGUAUUGUACUGGGAGAUUCCUGCGAGCACAGAGAGCUGUAUAGAGACAGCUGGUGUUGUGGUGUUGAGGGGAUUAGUCAGUGUCUGACCUGCUGCACUAACCAAGUGCUUUUCAUUGCCCUUCCUGGCCUGCAACUACAGGCAGAAAACUUCUCGGAGCUUCUGGUGUGAGGUGACGGAGAGGAGCUUUGGGAACAACUCCACGCGGGCCCCCACCCCCCCAGUACAUGACUAAAGACCGAGCAACGAUGGACAUGUCGACACCAGUGAGUCCAGCAGACAACAACACCACCUUCACACAGGUCUUUGGGCACCAGUGUGAGGUCAUGCAGGCAGCUGUACAGUCUCUGGAUACUUUAAAUGAACAGAUCACAUAUUUCAUCACCAAUAAGCCAGUGAUGACAGACAGGCAGGAUGAUGACUUACUGCCUGAGGAACAGGACACUCUGAAGAAAUCAUUGAACUUAAUGAGACACCUACUUAUGGAUGUGCAGACUAAGAUCCUCAGCACGAUGGAGGAUAACAGGCAGCUGGCCGGCCGGAUCGAUGGCGCGGUGCAGGCGGCCAGCCGCGAGGUGAGCAGCCUGAGAGCAGAGCUGACCGCUACCGGCAGGAGGCUGGCGGAGCUCAGCCCGGGAGGGGACUGCACCGGCACCGGCACCGGCACCGGCACCGGGACAGGGACCGGGACAGGGACCGACAGCAAGACCCAGAGCGGCAAGGCAGCGCAGCACCGCGAAGAUGAUUGUGACCUUCGACCUGAGGAGCUACAGCAUCAUGUGACAGUGCUGCUCCGUGAGGAGGUCUCCCAGCUCCAGGAGGAGGUGCAGUGGCUGCGCCAGAUGAAGGAAAUGCUGAGCAAGGAGCUGGAGGACUCGAAUGUCGGGAAAUCGGCCGAGAUCCUUUCGGUGACUGAGCUGAAAGUGCAGCUUGCUCAGAAGGAGACCGAGCUGGCCCGAGCCAAAGAGGCCUUGCAGGCCAUGAAGACAGACCGUAAACGUUUAAAAGCAGAGAAGGCUGACCUGGUCAACCAAAUGCAGCAGCUGUACACCACGUUAGAGAGCCGGGAGGAACAACUGCGAGAUUUCAUAAGAAACUAUGAGCAACACAGAAAGGAGAGCGAAGAUGCAGUCAAGGUUUUGGCGAAAGAGAGAGACUCCCUCGAGCGAGAGAAGUGGGAGUUGCGCAGACAGGCCAAGGAGGCGACAGAUCAUGUGACCACACUCCGAUCGCAGCUGGACCUGAAGGAAAACAGGACGAAGGAACUGGAGGCAGAGCUGGCCAUGAUAAUGAACCGUAUGGGCCAGAAAAUGGAAUAUCGUAUUUUCGAUCGUUCAGCUGAGAAGGAAUCCUUCCCCCGGGUGCUGGCGGCCAAGCAGUCGCUAGCCACACUGACAAAGGAUGUCCCCAAGCGGCACUCACUGGCGAUGCCAAGCGAGAGUAUGCUGAAUGGGAACCAGGAGUGGGUAACGCAAUCAGACCUCCCGCUCACUGCUGCAAUCCGACAGAGCCAGCAGACGUUGUAUCACGCACAUCACCACCCCGUAGACCGGCAAGGAGUGCGGGUCAGUCCAUGUCACUCAAGACAACCGUCCAUCAUCUCAGACGCCUCAAUGCUUGAGGGUGAAAGAUCAUCCACACCGAGUGACAUCAACUCACCGCGACAUCGGACACACUCGCUAUGUAAUUCUCUUGAAGAUCUAGAAGAACAGAAGAGGAAGAAGAAAAAAGAGAAGAUGGUGUUUGGCUCCAUUUCCCGGGUGUUUGCUAGGGGCAAGCAACGGAAAUCCCUGGAUCCUGGCCUGUUUGAUGAUUCGGACAGUCUGUCCAGCCCCACACACCUGAGCCUGAGUUUGUCGGAGGGCGAUGAGCAGUUGGACAGGUUACAGCAGGUGGAGAUUGCAAGGACAAUGCCAAUGUCGCAGUGGAAAGCGGGCACCGUCCAGGCCUGGCUGGAAGUUGUCAUGGCGAUGCCAAUGUACAUCAAAUCCUGCACGGAGAACGUCAAAAGUGGCAGGGUCUUGCUGAGCCUGAAUGAUGAUGAUUUGGAGUUGGGCCUGGGAGUGAACAGCUCAAUGCAUCGGCGGAAACUGCGGCUGGCCAUUGAGGAUUAUCGGGAAGCUGAGAAUGGGAAGGGGUUGUCCAAAGCCUCCGAACUGGACCACCACUGGGUCGCUAAGGCAUGGCUGAAUGACGUCGGCCUCCUGCAGUAUUCCCAGGCUUUCCACAACCACCUUGUUGAUGGCCGAGUGCUGAACUCUCUCACAAAGCGCGAUCUGGAGAAGUACUUGAAUGUGUCGAAGAAAUUUCACCAGAUCAGCCUCCUGCUCGCCAUUGAGCUGUUCCGACAGUGGGAUUUCGACAGAGAGAUUUUACAUGAGAGAAGGGCCUGGUGUGAAAAUCACAACGUGGAUCCUCUGGUGUGGACCAACCAGCGGGUCAUUAAAUGGGUGAGGGAGAUCGAUCUGAAGGAAUACGCAGACAACCUCCUCAACAGCGGAGUCCAUGGUGCAGUGCUUGUCCUUGAACCCACCUUUAACGCGGAAGCCAUGGCAACAGCACUAGGAAUUCCCAGCAACAAGCACAUCAUCAGGCGCCACCUCUUUGAAGAGCUCAGCUUGAUCGUCAAUCCAGCCAGGCAUGAAUUGAUACAGGAAAGUGAGAGAUUGGGGCAGCUAUGUUAUGUACAGCAGGGCUCACUCAUGAGACAUAAUCACAUUGGGGAUCAUGUUCUAGAAUACGCAGAGGAUGAGCCCAGCAGAAAAUACAAAACAGGAAGGGGACCAAUGGAACCAAUGAAGACAUUUGGCAGAAAAGAUCUCAGUUUCCAUGAGGCCUACUCCUCACAUGCACAGGGAGACUCCGAGGGGGCAGUGUCCAGAACAGCAUGCAGCUCUCUCCAAACUUUCCCUGGGAUAGAGGUUACUAAUGUGUAGGACAGAGCUGGGCACUGGGGACGGCUGGAGGGAGUGUACACUUUUCCAAAUCAACAGCCCCUUCGGAACAUCAGGGGGAAAAUGGAGGACUUUCCAACCAACUAAAUGAGGUUCGCUCUUUUCACCUUGUCUCCAGUUGGCUAUAGGUGGCCAUUUUGGGAAAGCUGGUAAGAAACUGCCUCUUACUAAUUAGGAUGAGCUCCAUGUCACCGCCACUAUACUGUGCCUCAGGACCAGGAGGUUUGGUUCCACUCUCAAACCAGCUUUCUGUUGGUGAAGGUCUUUAUCUUGAAUGGAUUCAACUGAACAUAGGAGGGCACAGGAAGUGCACAUGGCCCUUACCCUAACAACUGUCCAAACAAUGUCCCUUUUUACUGAGAUGGAGGUGCUAAUAAUGUUCCCAAUUGUGUUCCCUAAAAGGUGAGGUUAUACAUCAGCGGUCAACCUGUUGUCCACAUUUUAAUGGGGGAUCCAUGGAGCAGUCCUGACCUUUAACCACCUCUGGAGUACUGCACCAGAACCCGAACAGCUUCACUACACACCAUUGGCAAAUUGCCCUCAGAUUUGGCGAAAGGGAAGGAAUCGAUGGGGGACCUUUUACUUCAAUGAAUUUCUUCUUUGCUACAUGAAAGUGUUUUACCCAUGCCAGGCAUUCCAGUCAAGUCUUCUAUUUUGGUGAUAACCAUCAAUAUUAUCCUUACCGAGAGUGGAGCCCUUGUCCUCGCUGCUCCUCUGCGUUGAUGUGGGUUACGCAGGAACUCCUACACAAAGCCACGUUUCAGCAAACAGCCUGAGGGUCAGUCCAUAACAGGCUGAACUUGGGGAGGCUGUGCUCCCACUAGGAUUGCAGCUUUCAUCACCCUUCGAUGUGGCUUCCCAGAGCUGGGCUGAGACAGACCGCUUUCAAUUCUGCCAUUUGCAAGGAGUCCCUCCACGGCUGGGCCUGACUGUCCCUGGGAGUGUUGGACAGAGUGCAUUACUGAUUGGCAAGAACCAUCCAGAUUCAGCAGGUCAAACUGAGCCAGGAUACAGCCUUUAAUGGUAUUGAUCCAGAAAGAGCAUCAGAACCCAGGCUGCCAUAAAGUGGGACAUGUCUCAACUGGGCUGUGGGCUCAGACAACUCAAGGAUGAAGCCCUGAUCGGAAUAUCAUAAGCUGAGACUCCCUCCAGAAGGUAAAGUGAGAUAGUACAAUCCAGAAAGAUCCCAGGUUCCAACCCUGGUGCCCAGCAUCAGUUCGAAAGCCACGUUGCCCAUGGUACACCCACUACAUUUCACUGUGGAACAAAUCAGAAAUACCCUCAGAAACCGCUGAAGAGCAUGACCUCAGAGAGUCUGGCUAGAGAGGUUUGUGUGAGGAACUGCAGCCACAAAACAUUGAGUAGUUUCAAUGUAUUUGGUAAACAUUGUUCCCUUUGUUCCCCUGUAUCUCACGGUCUGAAGGUGCAGGAGGUUCUUAAAGAGGUUACAAUGCUUCGACAUCAAAGUGAAUUCUAUCCUCUUGAGGUCAGAGUUUAACAGUCCUCCCCAGCUUUACACAGUAACUAGUCAAAGAUCCAAGCCCAGUUAGUGCCCUGAUGGUGGGUCAGAUUUCACAAGAAUCAGGAUGAGGUCAUUUGGCCCGUCAUACAUAUGGUAGCUGUGUGAAAGAGUUAUCCACCUAGUCCCCAUACCCUGCUCUUCCCCCAGAACCUGGGAAUUCUCUUCCUUUUCAAACAUACUUCCAGUUCCCUUUUGCAACUUCAAAUCUGCUUCCACUGACCCUUCAGGAAAUGCAUUCCAGCUCAGAACAACUUGUCGUGUUAAAGAAACUUCUCCUCCCUACUCUACCCCCCUCGUCUGUUGUAUAGUAUGUUAACUUUGUGUUCUCUGGUCAUCAAACCCUUCAUUAGUGGAAACAAUUUCUUCUCAAUUGACUUUCAGAAAACCCUCAUUACUUUGAACCCCUGUGAUAAAUCUGAACCUUCUCAGCUCCAAAGGAGAGAAUCCUAGCUUCACUGAUCUCUCUACAUAUCGGGAGUCCCUCAUCCCUGGUUAGUUCCUUCAGCUAGUGAAUUUUGCCUAUUUCAGCUAAGGGUUCUCAAAUCACUCAGAACAUCAUCCAUAAUCGCACCAGUUGGCAUCACGGGAGUUGUUUGACACUUUGACCUCAGCUCCCUAUUGUUUUCUGGGCACCUGGGGACGGAGAGCCAAGCAAGAGUGAGCAACCACAUUACUCCUGGGAGACGGUGAGAUUCAAAGCAGCCGGCAGCUAGUUGUGCAGUGACAUUUGGUUCAGCAGUGUCAGAGAAUCUCACGCCCAGGCUGAUCGGGACAGCAACAGGCUGCAAUAGCAAAGAGUAGAGCAAAAAGAGGAAGACCCACAGCAAACCAUUCUGCGAGGUUUGUUAAGGUGCAGUCUCAUCAGUAUGAAUACAGCUUGACAAACUAACGGACUGCUCCACAUUGGUGUUUGAACUGCUUGGCUAACGUACUUUGAUAGUGCAACCAGUCCCACAAUAACCUCGUCUAUAACAAGGAUACGACGUGAACUGUUUCAAAUCAUCAAAGAAUGUUAAACUAACUACUGAUUUUAUUUUGUAUUCUGUGAAUAUUUGUUGAAUAGAAAAAGGCAAUGCUUUUUAAAAAAAAUUUAAACAUACUCACAGAGAUUUUGUUUUAUUUUGACUUGCUAUGUUAUUUGAAAUGUUUGACAGAAAUCUCCGUUUUCUCUGCCUUUGCUGUUUUCCCUCCAGUCCAUUGCUGCUGGCUAUCACGGUCACACUCACACCGCCUGCUCACAGGAUCAAUUCCAUCUUUUUUUUAAAAAGAUAUUCGUACAGCUCCUGGUUUCUCCAGUGUCACUCGAGGUACCUGGACAUGUGGUAGUGGAGGUGCCACCUCAUCUCAAUCCCACACUUUUCAUUGACCAGCCAAUCUGCCCCAUCUUCAUGAUGUCCUGCCUGCCCCACUAAUUAAAAAGGGAAGGGAUGGUUUUCUGCGAAUUUGUCAAGCAGUCAAACAGAUGGUUUUCCCCUCACU